AGUCUCUCUUCAUUAUUUAUCUCCUCUCUCUCACUCUCUCUCUGUAGUGCAAGUGUAGUUUGCAACUUUGCAUCAGCUAGCUAGUUAGCGACACCAUAUACCACCACCAAAAACCACCAUGCAUCAAAACCAAAACACAUCAUCACAAGACAGUAAAGAGAAAAGACCCAAGUUCUUCAUCAACGACCACAUUGACAUCCUCGUCGAGAUCCUCAAACGCCUCGACGGCCCCUCCCUUGGCGUCGCCGCCUGCGUCUGCCACCUCUGGUCCACAGUCGCCAGAAACGACACCAUCUGGGAACACCUUUGCUUCCGACACGUGUCAUCUCCCCCACCCUGCUCCGUGAGACCCGUAGUCGUCGCCCUCGGCGGCUACAAGAGGCUCUACAGGGUCUGCAUGCGCCCUGUCCUGAGUCGACUCAGUGACUCGGAAAUGGUCAAGCGAGUCUGGACGCGGGACGAGGUCCAGCUCUCGCUGUCGUUGUUCUGUGUUGAUUACUACGAGAGAAGCGGGAGGCUCGGCGCCGGUGGUGGCGGGGAUGCGUCCGCAUCGUCUCUCAUGUUCCUCUGCAACACUGUGAAUGUGUGAUUCGUUGACUUUUUAGCACUUUUAACUUUAGUGGGUCCCAAUGAGUAAUAGUAGUAUUCAUAUCGUAAAAAA